AUGCGUCUUCUCAAAUUUGUGUGCCUGUUGGCAUCAGUUGCCGCCGCAAAGCCUACUCCAGGGGCGUCACACAAGGUCAUUGAACAUCUUGACUUUGUUCCAGAAGGAUGGCAGAUGGUUGGUGCCGCGGACCCUGCUGCUAUCAUUGAUUUCUGGCUUGCCAUCGAGCGCGAAAACCCAGAAAAGCUCUACGACACCAUCUAUGACGUCUCCACCCCUGGACGCGCACAAUAUGGCAAACAUUUGAAGCGUGAGGAAUUGGAUGACUUACUACGCCCAAGGGCAGAGACGAGUGAGAGCAUCAUCAACUGGCUCACCAAUGGUGGAGUCAACCCACAACAUAUUCGGGAUGAAGGGGACUGGGUCAGAUUCUCUACCAAUGUCAAGACUGCCGAAACGUUGAUGAAUACCCGCUUCAACGUCUUCAAGGACAACCUAAAUUCCGUUUCAAAAAUUCGAACUUUGGAGUAUUCCGUCCCUGUAGCUAUAUCAGCUCAUGUCCAAAUGAUCCAGCCAACUACCUUAUUUGGACGACAGAAGCCACAGAACAGUUUGAUCCUAAACCCCUUGACCAAGGAUCUAGAAUCCAUGUCCGUUGAAGAAUUUGCUGCUUCUCAGUGCAGGUCCUUAGUGACUACUGCCUGCCUUCGAGAAUUGUACGGACUUGGUGACCGUGUCACUCAGGCUAGGGAUGACAACCGUAUUGGAGUAUCCGGCUUUUUGGAGGAGUACGCCCAAUACCGCGAUCUUGAGCUCUUCCUCUCUCGCUUUGAGCCAUCCGCCAAAGGAUUUAAUUUCAGUGAAGGCCUUAUUGCCGGAGGAAAGAACACUCAGGGUGGUCCUGGAAGCUCUACUGAGGCCAACCUUGAUAUGCAAUAUGUCGUCGGUCUGUCCCACAAGGCAAAGGUCACCUAUUACUCCACCGCUGGCCGUGGCCCAUUAAUUCCCGAUCUAUCUCAGCCAAGCCAAGCUUCAAACAACAACGAACCAUACCUUGAACAGCUGCGGUACCUCGUAAAGCUCCCCAAGAACCAGCUUCCAUCUGUAUUGACAACUUCCUAUGGAGACACAGAACAGAGCUUGCCCGCCAGCUAUACCAAAGCCACUUGCGACCUCUUUGCUCAGCUAGGAACUAUGGGUGUGUCUGUUAUCUUCAGCAGUGGUGAUACCGGGCCCGGAAGCUCAUGCCAGACCAACGAUGGCAAGAAUGCGACUCGCUUCAACCCUAUCUACCCAGCUUCUUGCCCGUUUGUGACCUCCAUCGGUGGAACCGUUGGUACCGGUCCUGAGCGUGCAGUUUCAUUCUCCUCUGGUGGCUUCUCAGACAGGUUCCCCCGCCCACAAUAUCAGGAUAACGCUGUUAAAGACUACCUGAAAAUUUUGGGCAACCAGUGGAGCGGAUUGUUUGACCCCAACGGCCGUGCUUUCCCAGAUAUCGCAGCUCAGGGAUCAAAUUAUGCUGUCUAUGACAAGGGAAGGAUGACUGGAGUCUCCGGCACCAGUGCAUCCGCCCCUGCCAUGGCUGCCAUCAUUGCCCAGCUUAACGAUUUCCGACUGGCAAAGGGCUCUCCUGUGCUGGGAUUCUUGAACCCAUGGAUAUAUUCCAAGGGUUUCUCUGGCUUUACAGAUAUUGUUGAUGGCGGUUCCAGGGGUUGCACUGGUUACGAUAUAUACAGCGGCUUGAAAGCGAAGAAGGUUCCCUACGCAAGCUGGAAUGCAACUAAGGGAUGGGACCCAGUAACGGGAUUUGGUACUCCCAACUUCCAAGCUCUCACUAAAGUGCUGCCCUAA